AUGAAAUGGAUGAUUGACGCAUCAUUUGCAGUGCAUCCAGAUUUCAAGAGCCAUACUGGCGGCACUCUGUCCUUUGGAGGAGGUGCAGCUCAAGUGAUGUCAAAGAAGCAAAAGCUAAACAGCAGAAGCAGUACCAAGGCGGAACUGAUUGCUGUUGACGAUGUUGUCACGAUGAUACUAUGGACGAAGUUGUUCAUGGAGUGGCAAGGGUAUCCGAUCGAGAAGAAUAUCUUGUAUCAGGAUAAUAAAAGCGCGAUUCUACUGGAAGAGAAUGGUGGCAAGAGCGCGGGAAAAAGAAGCCAAGCUAUCAAUAUUCGUUAUUUCUUUAUCAGGGAUCAAGUUGAGAAAGGAAAUGUUAAGAUCAAAUACUGUCCAACUGAUAAUAUGAUUGCGGAUUUCAUGACUAAGCCAUUGCAAGGAGUGUGUUGGGAUAUGACGAAAUAUGAAUUUUUACGUUCCAAAAAGAAACUAUUCAAGUACAAAGUUUUUGACAUGUACGAUCGGACUUUGAUCACGAUGAUACUAUGGACGAAGUUGUUCAUGGAGUGGCAAGGGUAUCCGAUCAAGAAGAAUAUCUUAUAUCAGGAUAACAAAAUUGCGAUUCUACUGGAAGAGAAUGGUCGCAAGAGCACGGGCAAAAGAGGCCGAGCUAUCAAUAUUCGUUAUUUCUUUAUCACAGAUCAAGUUGAGAAAGGAAAUGUUAAGAUCAAAUACUGUUUAACUGACGAUAUGAUUGCGGAUUUCAUGACUAAGCCAUUGCAAGGUGAGAAGUUUUGCAAGUUCAGGGAUCUAAUUCUUGAUCCACAAGACCAGGUCAGACAAAAACUAUUCAAGUACGAAGUUUUGAACGCGAUUCUACUGGAAGAGAAUGGUUGCAAGAGGGCGGGCAAAAGAAGCCAAGCUAUCAAUAUUCGUUAUUACUUUAUCACAGAUCAAGUUGAGAAAGGAAAGGUUAAGAUCAAAUACUGUCCAACUGAUAAUAUGAUUGCGGAUUUCAUGACUAAGCCAUUGCAAGACGUGUUCAAGUACCAGACUGGUGCUGUUAUCACGCAAGAUUCCAAACCAAUUGCCUUCUACAGUCGCAAGUUGCAAGAUGGCCAACACAACUACACAACCACUGAGCAUGAGCUGUUAGCAAUUGUGGAAACUCUGAAAGAGUUCCGGACAAUUCCCUUGGGACACAAGAUUAAAGUCUACACUGAUCACAAAAAUCUAACAUUCACUCAAUUCAAUACUGAGCAUGUCCUGCGCUGGGGCAUGGUUUUGGAAGAAUACGGUCCAGAACAUAUCUACAUUAAAGGCCCUGAUAACGUAGUGGCAGAUGCGCUAUCACGUCUUGUUUUAAUUGACGAGGAAGAUGAAGACUCAUCUCCUAGCUCGCCUACACUGAAAAUUAUGGCACAUAAUGAUGGCAAACGAUCAUCCAAACUGUCGAUUCCUAAAACAAAAAAUGCUUUUAAGGCUGAUGAUGUCAUUUUAAACGACUACAUGAAUAUUUGUCGGGACAAACUUCCAGACAAUAUAUAUCCUCUUUCCAUGUCACUUAUUAGUGCGGAGCAAUAG